GUCAUGUCAGAGAACACCGAUCCGCCCUGCGUGUGGAACGCAUCGGAAAACACAUCUCUAUUUCAAGAGCCCGCGGCAGAGUUCAAAUCCACGCUGAGCCCUCAGUGUGACGUGGCUAUCGGGGUGUUUUUAAUCAUCACAGGUUCUCUCUCUCUCUUGGGGAAUGGUGUGGUGGUGAUCACAUUCUUGCGGCGGUGUAAACGCCUCAAGCCUCCGGAGCUGAUGGCAGUGAAUCUGGCAGUGUGCGAUUUUGGCUACUCCCUGCUGGGGGCGCCAUUACUCAUCUACUCCAGUUUCUCUCAUGCGUGGUGGUUCGGCUGGCGCGGGUGCCGCUGGUAUGGUGUGCAGGGCUUCGUGUUCGGGAUCGGGAGCCUCCUCACCACCAUGCUGAUCAGCAUCGACCGCUGCCUCAAGAUCUGCAGCUUCCAAUACGGUCAGUGGGUCGAGCAGCGCCACAUUGCCCUGCUGGUUCUGCUGGUCUGGAUCUACACGACUGCCUGGGCCAUUCUGCCCGUCCUCGGGUUCGGCAGUUAUGGACCAGAACCGUUUGGGAUCAGCUGUACCAUUGACUGGUGGUCAUUCUGAUCAUGGUGUUCUGAUCAUGGUGUCAUUCUGAUCAUGGUGUUCUGUUUUGGGGUCCCCGUGCUCACCAUCAUUCUGUGUUACCUCAAAAUCAUCUGGGAGGUGCGUGCCUCGUCCAGAUCCCUCGCUGAGAUCUCAGCCAGCGACGUGACGGCCAGUGACAAAGAGAUGAGGCUCACCAAGAUCGCUGCUGUUAUCUGCUCGUCGUUCCUCCUCGCCUGGACCCCCUACGUCAUCGUGUCUCUCUACUCCAUGCUGCUGCCCUCUCCCCCUGCCCCCCUGUCCAGUGCUCUCCCUUCUCUCAGUGUCCUCCCUGCUCUCUUUGCGAAGUCACACUGCAUGCUGAACCCGUUCAUCUACCAGCUGAUGAACCGCGAGUUCCGUCGGGAUGUGCGCGGCCUGUUCGGAUUGUCCAGGUGGGGCGGGGGGGUCUCGCGGGGGGGCUCCCGCAGCCUCUACUACUCCUCCUCCAGCCAGCAACAGCACCGCCCAUGCCGCGGCACUGACGCUACCCUGCACGGCCAGCAGGGGUCGCUGUGCUCUGUCUCCCUGGAGAUAGCCGGGCUCGACACUUUAUGGAAAAGGGGGAGAGGCAGGCCUUCAUGCGCCCCAGCAGCAUAG